GAUGACGAGGCCCAGAAUGGUGCAACAGAGCUGCAUAUGGACAGCACACAGGCACCGGUCCAGGCAUACGCAAAGCUCGAGGGCCCUGAUUUCUGCUAUUAUGUGCGGACGCUGGAGGUGACGCUGGGGCGCCACCCGACGAGCGCACACCACGAAUCGGUCGAUAUUGAUCUGGGCGACAGCAAGGCAGUGUCGCGGCGGCACGCCAAAAUAUUCUACAACUUUGUGUCGCAGAGUUUUGAGCUGCAGGUGUUUGGGAAGAACGGGUGUCUGGUGGAUGACGAAUACUUCAAGCGCGGGCAGGCGGUGACCCUGCGG